AUGGACAUGUACGGAUACAGCGGGGUGUUCCUGGUGAGGAGGUUUCUGGACAAUCCCAGUUUCGAAGAUAUGAACAUGACGGACAUUAACAAGGCGAACCCGCACGGCUGCGAUAACGGAGCGCUGACCGACCGCUUCGGCGUGCUAAUCCAGGGACUCCUGGGAAUCGUCGCCUUCAGCACGCUCAUGUUGAAAAGGUUUCGAGAGCCCGUCGGGAUCAGACGGCCGUGGAGGAUCUGGUUCUUCGACACGUCCAAGCAGGCCAUCGGCGCGCUCUUCAUCCACUUUGCCAACGUCUUCCUGUCCACGCUCACCAAGGAAGACCCCUGCUCGCUGUACCUGAUGAACUUCCUGCUGGACGCCACGCUGGGCAUGCUGGUCAUCUGGCUGGCCGUCAAGCUGGUGUCCAGGCUGGUGGAGUACAAGGAGUGGACGCUGCUCAUGUUCGGAGAAUACGGCGACCCCCCGCAGGCGGCGGCCUGGCUCGGCCAGUGUGGCGUCUACCUGCUCAUCAUGGUGCUGGAGAAAGGCGUCAUCAGCCUGGUGCUGCUCGUCCCCGGAUGGUCCAAAUUGCAGGAAGUGUUGCUCAGCUACAUCGCGAACCCUCAGCUGGAGCUGGUGCUGGUCAUGCUCAUCGUGCCCUUCAUCGUCAACUCCAUCAUGUUCUGGGUGGUGGACAGCCUGAUGAUGAGGAAGUACAAGACGAUGAAGAGCCUGGACGACUCCUGCGACGCCCCGGCCAAGAAGGCCGACUCUCCGCCCUGGAGCAGCGGCGAGGAGUCGCGGGUCCUGCUGACGGUGGAGAGCGACACGGAGGAGGCGUCGGAGGGCGAGGAGGACGCGGACGACGCCGGGCCCGUCCCCGCCGUGCACUACUCGGGCGGCCCGCUGAGGCCCAGCUGGGUGAUGGUGUGAAACCCAGGUGACUCCGACUCGUCGUUCACACACAGAGCAGCGCGGCAAACACUCGGCGGAUCGGUCUACCUCAGAGGCCUUUCCUCCACGUGCACGCUCCUCUCGUACGCACAAAACGGCAUUUUGGAAGGCAUCCCGCCACCUCGCUGCCUCAACAUCAGAGGGACGGUUAAGGAAGACGGCGCCCGCGGGGAGACGCCCACGGGCGGUAAUGACAAAGGCCGAACGCAAUCAGAGAUAAAUCUGUCUUCUCUCCGCAGCGGGGGACUUUCUGCCGGUCUAAAGAGACUCAUUUAUGGUAUAUCCGAUUCCAAAGACGAGCUAGAAGGAAAAAAAAAAAAAAAGUCAAGUACGCUGCAUAUAUAUUAAAG